CCCGAAAUUGCAGCACCAACAGUAUACAAUGGCUGUACUCCACAGUAAGCGCCCUCGUAUGCCAGCCAACUCUCAAGGCAUCCAUCAACAAACAUGCAUCAACGACGACGCAGCAGAAAAGGCAAAGCGGCGCAAAUCGGCGCAUUUCCAUACUGUCCCAGACCAUACCAGUAUCAGCAACGAGAACGAGAACCCAAAGAACCAAGCCGGGAAGAGGGUAAUAUCUGGGCUUGCUAUCCAGCAACAAGGAUUGAUCCAAAAGCGCGGGAAGAGGUUGUCUGCGGUGGAACCCAAUAUGCCGGAAGUUCGAAUCGAGGUCAAGGAGAACAAGUACGAGGAAUGGAUGAAGCUUGCAACUGAUAAUAAAAUAACUGCCAACAAUACGUGGAGUUUUGCCCUUAUCGACUACUUUGCCGAUCUCACCCUUCUCCGAAAUGGCCCUGAUGAUCAGAGUAUUAACUUUCAGAAAGCGAGUUGCACAUUGGAUGGGUGUGUGAAGAUAUGGACAUCCAGAGUGGAUAGUGUGGCCACAGAAACGGGGAAGUUGUUGAGCGGUUUGGCGGGAGGCAGUGCUGAGACAGGGGAGGAUGAUGGUUCAGAAGGCGAGGAGGAUGAGGCCGGAGAGCCAAAAACAACUAGAAAGACCGUCCGUUCUGAAGCUACUCUUGCAAAGUCGUUCGCCCAGCUUCAAAUUAAAAAGUUCGAUCUCGAAUUCACCGUCGAUCCGCUCUUCAAAAAGACUUCCGCGGAUUUUGACGAAGGUGGUGCGAUGGGCUUGCUGAUGAACCAUUUAAGUGUGGAUAACAAAUUGAGGGAAGUGUUUGAUGCCGGUGAUGCGGUGGCAGAUGAACAGGAUCUGGAUGAGGAAAAAGAAGAGGGGGGUGGAGGGAUGAUUGAUGAGGUUGUGCAGCUGGAAAAAUUACGAAAUUACAUUCCUAUCACCAAAUUCCUCGCCGACUACUCUAUCAACCCCUCUCUCGCCUCGUUCCACUUUAGUUCUGACUCUUCAACCGGAAACGACAAUGACCCCGCCAUCAUUCUUGGGCUCAAAGACUCUUUCCCCGUUGACGAAUAUGAUCAUUAUGAUAUCCCAAUGGCGACAGCGGAUGACUACAACCCGAUGGACCCGGCAUCCAACCGAAGGAGUGGGGAGGGGUAUGAUUUCUUUGGAAGUGAGGAUUAUGAUGCUGUACCAGCCUAUGGGGAUGGCGGUUUCGAUGAAGAUGGUGCGAGUAUGAUGGGUGAUCCUGAGGACGGCCUCUCCGCUCCUUUUCACAACCCUGCGAACAGUAACGGAGGCUCCCUUGCGCUCCUUGGUCCAGGGUCUUCUCAUUUGGGCCCCUUUGAUCCCCACCGCCAAGGUCAAGGCCACGAAAUUGUGCUCACUUUGGGAGAAGGGGGUGAUAUCGGGUCAGGAGGGAUGUUUGAAUACUUUGAUAAAGGAUUCGGGAAGAGUUGGGCUGGCGCAGAACAUUGGAGAUUAAGGAAGGUCUCUAGAAAGGAUAUGGCUACUGCCGGGACAAUUACCACUACAAACUCAAAAACCAAGGUUGACAAGACCCCCUUCGCAAUCGAUUUCCACACUCCUAUGGUUACUUCCCUUACCUCCUCUACUCAAGCGCUCUUCACCCCCGCGUCUAAUAAAUCGUCUAUCACCCUCCCGUCGACUUUUGCCCCCAUUAGAACAAAGAACGGCAAGGCAGUGUCGGGCCAGCGUCAGCUUAGGGAAGAGCGCCUUUUACCGGACGACAUGCAUUUUAGCAGUCACCAGCUUUUGAGGCUGUUUUUGAAGCCCCAAUUCUCCUUGAAGAUGCGGCCAGGUGGUAGAAACAUGGGAGGAAUGGGGGGGAUGAUAGGUGCAGAUGGGGAGAUUGAUGAGAAUUUCUGGGCGGCCGCUGCAAAAGAGAGAGAGGGAGGUGAAUGUGCUGGGGAUGAAUUUGGUUCUGCUCCUGCACCAUUUGAAUCCCAGUUCUUCCAAGACGACGAUGAUUACGGUGACAUGGAUAAUGACGUCGACUUUGGGCCUAUCCAACCUAAUGUUCCUGUCCUCUGCGGCCCCGGUGAAGAGGAAGACGAUCUCUGGGCAGGCACGCAAAUGGAAUUGAAAAAGGCUCGUCCGGAGAACGUCAAUUUUACGAAGAAGGCGAAAAGAGUGGAUGUGAAGAGGUUGAAGGAUGACAUCUGGACGGGUUUGAAAGAUCUUGUACCUUAUUCCGAUAAAGCUGGUGAUACAGAUACCGACGAUGAGGAUUCCACCCCUUCCACACCUCCUGAACCUUCCGAUUCCGAACCGGUCAAGACAUUCUCCUCCAUUAUCCAAUCUCUUCGCUCAACUUACCCACCUCAGAAAAUGUCUGAAAUCUCGACAUCAUUUUGUUUCAUUUGUCUGUUACAUCUGGCGAAUGAGGAAGGGUUGCGAAUCGAGAGUGCGAGAGGGGACGGAAAGGAAGGGGAAGAUGUGGGCUGCGUGGGAAUAGCGCCAGUGGGAGAAGACGGGGAGGUUGUUUUGGGCGAGGGAUUAAAUGCUUUGCUGGGGAUGUUGGGCGCUGGUAGAGGUGGGUCGGAAGGAAUGGAAAGCACAAGUGAGGGAGUAAAGAAGGAUAGGGUGAUUGGCGAGUUGGAGGCAUUGAAGGUGUACAAGGAUCACGCGGCUGGUCGAGCUGCGUAAGGUCGUAAAACAUCUCUACGAUGAUGGAAGUGUCUCGUUUGGGAUAAGGGUUUUGUCUUUUUUUCCUCCUUUAAUUGAGGGAAUCCACUGUACUAUGUUCGUGUUAUCAUCGCUUAUGCGCCCUACCUUCUUCAGGGCAUAAGAUAAUAUUUAGCAUGCGCUAACUGUUACAAUGCAUAAGAUUGGUC